AUGGGCCCCAUCAUGAUGGAGAUGGACAGAACAUGCAACAGAGAGGAGUCCGUGCCCUUGAGGAGGCUGAGCACGACAAAAUCCCAUUCAUGGGGCCAGACAAGCAGACUGGGGUGCUGCUGUGCUUGUUGGUCCUCCCUGUUCUCUCCUGCCCCAGGUUGGCCCAAGGACUGCAGUGAGGUCUAUGGCAGCCCCAGCGGCAUCUACGUCAUCCAGCCCCCAGGGCUGCACCCCAUCGUGGUGUACUGCGAAAUGAACGCAACGGACGGGGGCUGGACGGUCAUCCAGAGGAACCGGCAGAGCACGGAGAUCACCUGGGCCGAGUCCUGGAGCACCUACAAGUAUGGCUUUGGGAACGUGCACAGUGAGUUCUGGCUGGGCACUGAGUACAUCUAUCAGAUCGCCAAGCAGACGGUCUACCGGGUCAGGUUUGUCAUCUGGGAUGCCACAAAUGACACAAAGUUUGCAGACUACAACUUCUUCAGCCUGGAAGGUGAGUCCCACGGCUACCGGCUGAGGCUGGGAACGUACUCGGGGACAGCAGGGGAUGCCAUGGCCACAAGCAGUGCUUCCACCGUGCAUGACAACAUGAAGUUCUCCACCAAAGAUCUGGAUCAGGACACUUACAGUGGGAACUGUGCCUCCAGCUACGGGGGCGGGUGGUGGUACUCGGCGUGUUACUCUGCCCGGUUGAACGUCAAGGGAGCCAUAACGUGGGGCAGCCUGUGCAGUGGGAACUGCAAAGCUUCUGCCAUCCUCAUCAAACCAGCUCCUUACUGCUAG